AUGGUUGACAUGGGGGGCUUAGACAACCUUAUUGCAAACACAGCCUAUCUACAAGCCCGUGAUGGAGACACCAGGGAGAUGCAGAAACGGCGACGCAGCCUGGCACUGCCAGCCCGCGAGCAUUGUGCAGACCUGCGUCGAGCCUUGCCCACUCACUUUGAGAGUUUGUGUGAGCAACAGCCCAUCGGCCGCCGUCUCUUCCAUGACUUCUUGGCCACAGUGCCUGCCUACAAAGAGGCUGUGGACUUCCUCACUGAGGUGUCUGGCUGGGAACUAGCUGAAGAGGACAGUACCAAGGACAGCACUCUGAGCAGGCUGGUGAAUGCUUGUGCACAGGCCAGCACCCCCACGAGCCAGCUCCCCUUCCUCAGCCCAGCCCUGGUCUCCAAGUGCCAGGUUGCCUCUGAGAAGGAGCACGCAUCCCUGCUGGCACUGGCCAAGGCCGAGACGAUGGCCUUCCUGCAGGAUCAGCCCUUCCGGGACUUCCAAGCCAGCCCCUUCUUUGACAGGUUCUUGCAGUGGAAAGCCUUUGAACAGCAGCCAAUAACAGAAAAAUACUUCGAAGAGUUCCGAGUGCUGGGGAAGGGGGGUUUUGGGGAGGUGUGUGCCGUCCAAGUGAAGAAUACUGGCAAGAUGUAUGCCUGUAAGAAGUUGGACAAGAAGCGGCUGAAGAAGAAAAAGGGGGAACAGAUGGCUCUCCUGGAGAAGGAAAUCCUGGAGAAAGUCAACAGCCCUUUCAUCGUGACCUUGGCCUAUGCCUUUGAGAGUAAGUCCCACCUGUGCCUGGUCAUGAGCCUGAUGAAUGGCGGGGACCUCAAGUACCACAUCUAUCAUGUAGGUGAGCGGGGCCUGGAGAUAAGCAGGAUCGUCUUCUACUCUGCACAGAUCACUUGUGGAAUAUUGCACCUCCACUCCAUUGGCAUUGUCUACCGGGACAUGAAACCCGAGAAUGUCCUUCUGGAUGACCGUGGCCACUGUAGGCUGUCUGACCUGGGACUGGCUGUCCAGAUCAAGGACGGCAAGCCCAUCACCCAGAGGGCUGGAACCAAUGGUUACAUGGCUCCAGAAAUACUGAAGGAAGAAGAAAGUUAUUCCUAUCCUGUGGACUGGUUCGCAAUGGGGUGUAGUAUUUAUGAAAUGGUGGCUGGCCGAACGCCGUUCAAAGAUUACAAGGAAAAGGUCAGCAAAGAAGAUUUAAAGCAGAGAACCUUGAAACAGGAGGUCAAAUUCCAACACCCAGGCUUCACAGAAGAAGCCAAAGAAGUCUGUCGUCUCUUCCUGGCCAAAAAAGCCGAGCAGCGCUUAGGAAGCAGAGAAGAAGGCGACGAUCCCAGGAAACAUGCUUUCUUCAAAACAAUCAACUUCCCCCGUCUGGAGGCUGGCCUUAUCGAGCCCCCCUUUGUGCCAGACCCUAAUGUGGUGUAUGCCAAAGACAUCGGCGAUAUCGAAGACUUCUCUGAGGUCAAGGGGGUCGAAUUUGACGAAAAAGAUAGAAAGUUCUUUAAAAAUUUUGCAACAGGUGCGGUUCCUAUAGCCUGGCAAGAAGAAAUUAUAGAAACAGGACUAUUUGAAGAACUCAAUGACCCCAAUAGAUUGUCAGGCUGUGCAAAUGGUAGCUCAGCCAAGUCUGGGGUGUGUGUGUUACUGUAAGCCCUGACCUGAAGCCAGAAUGCUUCAGACACUAAGAAAAUCUCUUAGAGUUCGAUCAAUCGGAAGCCUAACAAUGGGUUUCCAUUUGUAAAUGACAUUGAGCUCUGCAAAACACCUCUUCGCAAAUCUGUGAGAUGGGUAGAGCAGCUACAGUAGCCACAUGUUACAGGUGUCUGAGGGCAUUCACAAUUGCUCCUUAGUGAUCUAGCCAAUAGUGUCUGAGGUAGAAUUCCACAUCAGAGUCUAGCAUCCUCAGACUCCUGAUUUUACAGAUGAAGUUGUAAGGUGCUGAGCACAUAGUAAGCACUCUAUAAAUGCUUUUUCCCUUCCCCCACCACCUGGCAUUCUUUUGAUUUGGGGUUCACAAAGUCAAAUGAUGUGUCAGUUUUUAGUGAAGACAAGGAAAAGGGACAUUUGGGUUUAUUUUGAUAAACUAAAAGUAGGAGCACUCCACCGUCAUGUCCCUGUGAAUUACGCAAAGUCCCUGAGACAGAGAAUGGAACUUUGUGGUGUGUUCUGAAAAUGACCAUUUGCAAUUCUUGGUAAACAAUCAUUUUUUUGUUGUUUUGUUUUCCUUCUUCAUCUUUCAGUUUUCCUUAUUCAGUGUAGCUUAAAUAAAAAAAAGACUUUAAAGGAGGAGAAAUUCCUGACCUUGCCUUUUAAAAAGAGAAAUUUUUUUAAAAAUGUUUAAAGCUAAAGCUUUUUAAUAUUACAGAUUAUAGAAUACUUUUCAAUGGCAUUGGCAGAUCUCUUUAUAAUCCUUUAAAUAAUUCACUAUUUUAACUUAAAAAUCCCUUGAAGGCAAAAAUGUUUUCAUCCAGUAGGUCUGUGGAUUAAGGAAAUACUAAGAUAGGUGAAAUCUUUCCAACAAAAGCAAAUUCAGAUCUUAUGUGAUGUGAUAAUAAUAAAAAUAACAGGUAGCAUUUACAUAGUGCCUACUAUGUACCAGACAUUGUGCUAGGAAAUAUUAUCUCAUUUGGUCCUCACAACAACCCUGGGAGGUAAGGCAUGUAAUUCAUUGUUUUGGCUACUUAAUUAAAUCUUCAGUCUGGAAUUUAGACAAUGAAUUCUCAGUUUCUAAAAGAGUAUUGUUCUAAAUAAUUAUAGGCUAAGUGAAAAUGAACAUAAUUGAUAUGUAUCUAGCAGAGUCUCUUUCCCUUGAACAUCUUCCCAGUAUAGCGAUCUCUGACUUCAAAGAGGUAAAAAGAAAAAUGGAGGAACUCAGACAUUGACCAAAUAGAAAUGUGAAUUCCAAAUGCUAAUUGAUAGUCCUGCAUGUAUAUUAUACUCAUAGCCCUGGCAUUGUGUGGAGGUCUCCAAACUUCAUUCUUUAAAUUAAAUAUUUUGGGGCUCAAAUCAAGAUCUGAGGAGAUCCAGAAAAUGUGUCCAUAUUCCUAAACAUACCGACAUACAGAUUUUUCUAAAAAUCCCCAAAUUGUGAGAAUAGAUAGACUGAAGACAUUUUGUUUGUUUGUUUUUAAAACUUGGCCCUGUAAGUUGUCUAAGACUUUCCAAAAAAUGCAGCCUCGGGAUCUUGAUAAAUUUUAACCCAAUUAACCAAAACCCAUUUUUCACACUCAAUCUUUAGGGGAAAGAGACAGAUGACAAGGAAACCUACACACCCUUAUUGAAAACAUAAUGAAAAACCAACCAAAACAGAUUUCAGGGCAUAUCCUGAGGGGUCAAUGCACUUUCAGCCCAAUCUCUCCCAUUAUCUAAGUUAACAGAGCUAUGGCUUGAGAAUUGAUGUCCAGAGGAAUAAUUUGGACCCAUGGUUGGAGCCUAGAUCACCAAAGAAUGAGUGCCAUGUUAUUCCAUAUUGGACUUGGAGUUAAGAAGACCCGAAUUUUAAUCCAACCUCUGAUACUUACUAGCUGGGUGAUCCUGGAAAAGUCAUUUAACUUCUGUCAGCCUCAGUUUCCUCAUUUUUGUAAUGGGGUGAUAAUAGCACCUAUCUCAUAGGGUUGUUGUGAGGAUCAAGGUGCACAAACCAUAAAGUGUAAGCAGUUAUCAUCAGGAAAGGGGACAUGUACAUUUGUAAGGAAAUUUCCACCCAAAGAAUUGGCGUGUAUGUGUGUAUGUGUGUGGGUGUGGGGGGGGGCGGUUCUGGUUAGAGCUCGGUUAACAUUAGCCAGAAUAUCCCAUUAAUUAGAGGCCUCCAGGUUUAGCUUUAUUGCAGAUGUUUUUUUUAAACCACACUCAGCAAUAUCUAUCAAUUAGACCUUUCAUGUAUACUUUUAUUGGCUUUGUAAAUUUCAUGUGUAAAUCUGUGUGUCAUGUCCUAGAAUUCCUAUUUCAUGAUCGGUGGAAUUAAAUAAAUGUAAUG